AGGCAAGGCCUAGCCAUGGGAGCUUACCUGGGGCGGGUGUUCAUGCCUCAAUCUUCCCUCCUGCAGCCUGAGAGGAUCAACCCAGAGCUGAACCAGAAGGGCUACAAUGUCAAGUCCGAUGUCUGGAGCCUGGGCAUCACCAUGAUUGAGAUGGCCAUCCUGCGGUUCCCUUACGAGUCCUGGGGGACCCCGUUCCAGCAGCUGAAGCAGGUGGUGGAGGAGCCGUCACCCCAGCUCCCAGCUGACCAUUUCUCCCCCGAGUUUGUGGACUUCACUGCUCAGUGCCUGAGGAAGAACCCCGCAGAGCGUAUGAGCUACCUGGAGCUGAUGGAGCACCCCUUCUUCACCUUGCACAAAACCAAGAAGACGGACAUUGCUGCCUUCAUGAAGGAGAUCCUGGGAGAAGACUCAUAGGGGCCGGGCCUUGGACCCCACUCCGGCCCUCCAGAGCCCCACAUCCCCAUCUGGGGGUCAGUGCUCACCCACACCAUAAGCUACUGCCAUCCUGGCCCAGGGCAUCUGGGAGGAACCGAGGGGGCUGCUCCCACCUGGCUCUGUGGCGAGCCAUUUGUCCCAAGUGCCAAAGAAGCAGACCAUUGGGGCUCCCAGCCAGGCCCUUCUCGGCCCCACCAGCACCUCUCCCUGCUGCUCCAAGGACCCGUCUCCAGCUUCUGAGAUCCUGGACUGAGGGGGCCUGAAUGCCCCCUGUGGAUGCUGCUGCCCCUGCACAGCGGGCCGCCGGUGCCUGGGUGGAUGGGCCACCGCCUUGCCCAGCCUGGAUGCCAUCCAAGUUGUAUAUUUUUUUAAUCUCUCGACUGAAUGGACUUGGCACACUUUGGCCCAGGGUGGCCACACCUCUAUCCCGGCUUUGGUGCAGGGUACACAAGAGGGGAUGAGGUGUGUGAAUACCUCAAGACUCCCAUGAGGGAGAUGCCAUGAGCCACCCAAGGCCUUCCCUUGGCACUGGCAAACAGGGCCUCUGCGGGGCACACUGGCUCACCCAGUCCUGCCCGCCACCGUUAUCAGUGUCAUUCACCUUUUCGUUUUUUUUUAAAUUUAUCCUCUGUUGAUUUUUUCUUUUGCUUUAUGGGUUUGGCUUGUUUUCCUUGCAUGGUUUGGAGCUGAUCGCUUCUCCCCCAUCCCCUAGGGUACCAGCAGGCAGAGCCUUGCCCUCUGCUCAGGCUGGGGUCCAGUGGGAGGGGCCCAAGUUCUCUGCUCAGAGAAGUGCAGGGGGAGCCUUCCAGCUCACUCUCCCCUGAGGUCUGGCUUGACAGGGGCUAUGGGUUUCUUU